AUGACGACUUACUAUGUAGCUUGGGAAGAUGAAGAUGAUCCGCUUACUGAACUGAAUGAGAUUGAAGGUGUGGACCUAAACAGAAUUGACAUGAUACGAAAUCAAUGGAGUAGAUCUAUGCCUUAUCCAAUUACCGAUACAAGAUGGAGACCGCCUAAAAAACACGUACCAGAACCGACCGAUCCUGAGGAAAGAAGAUUGUUCCUCCUUAGUCGCUCUUGUAUGUGGUGCUCAGCCAAGUUCAAAGGUCGAAGCCACGUCUUUUGCUCGGGGGAAUGUCAUGCUCACUUCGAAUGGCAACACCAUCGUACCGCUCCUAAAUGCUCGAAUUGCCCUGCAUACCUCAACCACCCAGCAAAGAGAACUGUAUGUGAGACUUGUUCAAGUAAGUUUGCCAGGGAGAGAAAGAAGAAGCGAAAGGCCGAGAAGGAAGAAUCUGAGAGAGAUGCAAAGAGGAAGGGUGGUAUCUUAGCUGCAUACGAUGAUAUGCAAAGUGCUAAGAAUGAUGCAGGGAAAAAAUGA